AUGGUAUUUGAUUACACUAUUAUUAUUGGAAGAUUAAGUCGUCAAAUUCGUACUCCGUCCAAGCAAAAACAAGAUAAAGAAAAUUAUAAUAAAGUUCAUGCUAAUAAAGAAAAUUGUUCAAUCUGUGACGGAUAUUUUCCUGCUUCGAGAAGAAAUGAAAUUAUUAGAAUCCUUACACUUGGAAUUAUCAAUAAUACCACUACCGAAACUAACGAUAAUACUCAUCGGUUUAGAUCUAUCAUAGUUCAAACACCAGUAGAAAGUAGUCAAUUUAAUAUUGGAUCGACUCAAAUAGUUAAAUGGAAAACUGAAGUAGUGAUUGAAAUAUUAUCUUCCCCAAGAUUUGAAUUAAAUCCUCCAGAAAUGGUUUGGAAAACAACUGCUAGAGUAAGUGACGGACAAGUAAAAUUUGUUGUUGGUCAUUGGUCAUAUUUAAAUAUAUUUUUUGCCAAAGUUUAUACUCAAGGUUAUCCAAGAAUUUAUGGUACUUCUGAACAUUUUACAAUUUAUUCUUUACCUAUUCCGACGUAG